CCUUAGUACGAGUGUAGUAACUGUGCGUUGUUGUUAAACCGACGGAAAUGUUGGCUUUUCUCCGCGGUGAUGAACACAGGACACGAAACAAGUCCGUUCAUUCAUGAAUAUGAAGCAAGGUUUACGCUUCGUAUUCAUUAAAAAAACAAAACAAGAUCUUGAAGCGAACGGGUAAGGCGCGAAGGAGUCAGAAUUCUUAGGAAAAUGAUACGUCGGUGAUGAUUUUGUUGUUCUACUCCGAGAAUCAUGUCUGCUUCACCGCGAUCAGAGGCGUGGGUUGGCUCAGUGCCCACUCAUUCGUCUUCUUUAGCAUUACCAGUUCUCAUCUCGCCCAGACCCAAUGCGAUGGACCAGCAUCAGACCCUAGGCUGUAUCAACCGGCGGAACAACAGCAUUUCCUUGAAGCUAUGUGGAGGCAGCGUGCAUCAGAUACGAGACUCUCGACCGUCAGCUACCGAUGUUGAAAUCAUUAGUCAUCAGCGACGGGAUACUGACGAAUCCAGUGACGUUAUACGUAACGAGAAUUGUGUUAGGCAACCCGAAGACUCAUGUAUAUUACUGAGCGGUAAAGCAGGAAGUGAGAAUUUAUCAGUACGUGUUGGUACUGGAGUUCAGCCAACACAAACGCUGUUUGAUCUUCGAAAAACUGCUACAUCUGCUGCUGCUGCUUAUCUGGUAGCCAGAGGAUUGCUAUCGCAGUUCCAAGAUCCCGGUAAAAAUGUGGGUAUUGUGGGUUCAGCGAAUAGCGUGAAUGGAUUACCGUGUGUGAACACUACAUCGAGUCAUGACCCGUUACUUCCUAGGAGUAGUUCGUCAUCAUCAGAAGACUUAACAGGCCAACACAAUUCAUCAUCCACGACAGAAAUUGAACUACGGCCGACUCAUUUUAGUGGGAAUAAAACUUCGUCAUUCCUUGUGUCACGCACAACGAAUCAACAUUCAUCACCGCGUGUUGAUAAUUUCGUGAGUGGACCAGCGUCUAUUCCACGACCUCCGACGAAUCAGGAUUCCGUUUUUCCCCAUGGCGAUAACCGGAAUUGUGAAUCGACAGCAAAACAGUUGUUCGGUGAAGUCGACAGUGAGCUUCCGUCCUCUCCCGAGGCAACACCUGAAGACCUUCCAGCCUUACUUUGCAGAUUUCUCUUCGGUUCCCCGGACUCCGUCAAUUCGUGCGAUACCGCUGUUACAAUUGUUGAGGAGGAUCUGCAAAGCGAGUUUAAGAAUGGAAGCAUGGACUUUAUGCUGUCUCCACCGGCGAGUGACAUCACACAAUUUCAACCUCACGAUAAUGAAGAGCGAAACCGUGAAAUACUUGGAGAUUCUCCAUCUAAAAGUGAUGCAGAAAGUGUUAUUAGCGUUAAUGGAGAAGAAAUUAUGUCGGAGGAUGCAGAAAAACAGAACGACGAAGAAAGUUCGAAGGUGUGCGAGGAACGUAACACCGAACAGUGUGUUAAAGAGGUAUCGCCUUCGACUGUCUCAGCAUCGACAGAAAAAGACUGUGGAUCGAAGGCAAAGUGUCGAAUAUCGAAACGUACCAGUAACCAUAUUAGGGAAGUGCAGCGAGGUAUAUCGGAGGAAAGUGGUUACCACACUAGUUCCGAAAACCACGUGAAGUCAGGCAUGGAAACAUCUUCUACAGGUGAAGUUGCCACGGGAGAUGAGGACGUUGAGGAUAAUGCCAAUGAUCCGGACGAAGACACGGUGUUCGUUCCAUCAGACCCCGCUGAAUGGAACGCAGGUCAUGUAAAGUCAUGGCUGAAAUGGUCAGCACGACAAUUUAAUCUGAGUCCUGAACCAGACCCUGACAAGUUUCCUAGUUCCGGUGCUGAGUUGCUGGAACUGUCCAGAGCUGAAUUCGAGACCAGAGCAGUUUCUCAGCGAUCAGGUCGACUCUUGGCUAUUCACCUUGCACACAUCCGGCACAGUGUGACAGGUCGCAGUACCAGCCCUAUGCAGGAACACGUCCACUUGGACGACGCGGAGGAACAAGAUCCCUACCAGUUGCUAAACGCCGCGAGCAGUCGAUUGGUCGCCCAAGGUUCUGGUCAGAUCCAAUUGUGGCAGUUUCUGCUGGAACUGCUCAGCGAUUCGUCGAAUGCAAGUUGCAUCACUUGGGAAGGAACCAAUGGAGAAUUUAAACUCACUGACCCAGAUGAGGUUGCGCGGAGGUGGGGGGAGCGAAAGUCCAAACCUAACAUGAAUUACGACAAACUCAGCAGGGCGCUCAGGUAUUAUUACGACAAAAACAUAAUGACCAAAGUCCACGGGAAACGUUACGCUUACAAGUUUGACUUCCACGGGCUGAUGGCCGCGUGUCAGGCCCAGGCGCAGGGUAACAGCGGGGGAGACCCUACGAUGAGCUACGCGAAGUACCAUCACCAUCAGAGCGACCUGGGGGCUGCACUGUACCCCGCACAUCACCAUUCUCCGGGAAAACUAUCGUCCAUUCUGCCCCCACCGCCACCCGGGGUAGUGCCACCCGCCACGCCGUUCCCUGCGCCACCGUAUUGCUGGACCACUGCAGCGGCAAAUGCUGCCGCAUCUGCGGCUAGCUUUUCGACAAUUUACUCGGUGGCCACAAACAGCAUGCAUCACCCGCCUGGAGUAGCGAGGUAUCAGUAUCCUAACUCCACGCCGAACUGAGACAACGAAGUGGAGGAUUUGUUCCUCCGCUACGUACAGCAACGUCUGAUCUAACGGGCGAUACUUUUAUUCGGGGGUCGGAUGGGGUCACCGCGGACCGGGAUGUCUGACAAAGAAGUAUUCGCAAGGCUACGGCUAUUCAAAAACGGUAACACAUCUGUCCAUUUUCGUUUGACGUAAUACAUACGAAUUUGCAUCAAACUUAUUAAUAAUCAAUACGUGCAUAAGAUCCUAAACUCUGAUUGGCGCUCUCACGAAUUAGGCCCACAUCUAAUCUCGGGUGGACCUCACUCUAAUUUCACAUUUCAGUUACAGGAUAACUUACAUGUCUGAAGAAAAUGUCGAUUUCUUGCUAUUAAAAAAACACUCUGUGUGGGCCUUCUACGUACGAGAAAUUAUAAAUUAAUAAACGGCAUUGUUAUUAUAACAUCCGAACAACGGCUCAGGAUGGACUUAAUAUUUUCAAUCUUGAAAAAAAAAAUCAGUUAUUAUUUAAGGGUUUGUUCUUUCAGCAGAAUGGGAUAAAAGAUUUGAAAUAAACUCCGAAGACAAUUAUAUCAUUAUCAAAAUAAUUACCCUUCAGUGACACUGUAAAGUGUUCCUUUGUACCACAUGUGGAAGUUUCCUACACGCUUUAGUUGAUACGUUUAUGGACAAAUUUUAACGACCGUCAAUGUAACCCUAUCAGCCCCUAACAGUAGUUAUCAGGCCGCGUGUCCUAUUAUUUACUUGAUUAUGUCACAAGUAAAGUCAUUAGAGAACACACAUAAAUUUGCCUCAACUACUGUAAAUUCGCUGUUUCUAACGCUCCGUUAUAUCAUUCUAAGGUAAGUUAUAUUUAUCAAUUUCUACCAGACUACAAAGUGUACCAUCCCAUAAUACACUCAUCUUCAAGCAUAUAUUUCAAUAUCACGAGACUCAAGAUUAAAUUAUUGUAGUAACUCAACGAAUAUUAAAUCUGUAGCCCAAUUAGUACGUUUACAACCGUCAAUAUAAAUUAAUGUCAACCAAUAGACGCCCUAAAAAUUGUUGAAGUAUAAAUACAGAAUCACCUCUUCAGGCCACUUUACGUUAUAAUUUCAACUGUUCUGUACCGUCUCAUUUUUCUAAUUAGAAUUCCCUUUCUCGGCAAGAGGCCUGCAUAUCAAAUCUAAAACUUCUUGACGAUGGUGAAGAGUCAAUUGAAUAAAAAUUUUCUUGGAUAUUAUCCAUCGUCUAAUAAAUAUAAAACGUA